AUGGACUCGUUCAGGCAAGGAACUUUGGCACUCAACCGCGUUUCAGUCAAAGACGACAAUCACAUUCGUACACCUGCCUACUUCACCAACUCUAGCAUCGACGACACUGUUUUCUUCUACAUGCGUUGUGGUGAAUUCCGUUUUGAAGGAUACGGCGGAGCCCAGAGCACCAAGUCGCCCGACUUUGGUUGCUUCAGAGCCAACAUCAAGGGAAAGGAUGGUCAUCUGAUUUUCACACCCAACUUCAGACCAAUGAACGCCUACAAUCUGGAGAACGCGUACAGGACCAACCGACAAUCCUUCACCCAACAAUGA